GGCAAAGAAACUCUUGGUACAAUUGCUUUUAAUCUCAAUUUUAAUUUACCAAAUUUACCAGCUGUCGUUGAAUAUAAUCAAUACAAGAUGCAAAUAAAAAUGUUUACAGAUGUUGUUGAG